AUGCCGCCCGUGCGGCCGCAGACGGCGCGACCACCACAUCGACGCAAGGGACCGAAGCCCCCGACGCCACAGCCGCCCGCUGGCCCAGAUCUAGCGCGCCGGCCAGAUCCGCAGCAGAGGGAAACGCGCUCGCGCGCCACCCCCAGGCGCCGGCGAGCAGGCCUCGCGACACCUCGACGCCACCCUGCUCCCCACGCGCGCCCCGCGCCCCACGACUUCGAGCCCGGCAGAGCUCGCCACCAAGACGACCGCGGCCACCCGGCCACCCGGCCACCAUGCGUCCGCCGCGGGAUCUCCCCGAGCCACCUUCGGAGGCAAGGGGCCGCCGCCACCGCGGCAAGCUCACUCAUCUCGCCCCCUCGUCUCUUCCCCUUUCUAUUUCCAGCGGCGGAGACCUUGUGGAACUACAGUGGAAUUUACACUGUAAAUCUUAAUGGAUUUUGCUCUGUAUUUGCAAGUGGAAUUACAGUGUGCAAGGCAGAAAGAACAGGGGACACGGGACAGGUGACAGUUAUCAUCCUUCAAAUGGAUGUCCUCAUCAAGAACCCCACCGGCAGCACGAUCCCCCUGAGGGUCUACCCAUCGGACACCGUGCGUGAUGUCAAGGCAAAGAUGAUCCAGGAACAGUACUCCCUCUUCUUUGGUGGCGUGCAGCUGGAUGACAGGCUUACAUUGGCCAAUUACAACAUCCAGCAUGAAUCCACGAUCGACCUCCACGAGAAGAUGAACAUGAAGAUUUACGUGACAGAGACGGUGGCGGGCAGGACUAUCACGAUCAACGUCAGCAGUCUAGACACCGUCGAUAACUUGAAAGCCAAGAUCCAGGACCUUGAGGGCUUCCUGAAGGCUCAGCAGUGCCUCGUUUUUGCCAGCACGCGGCUGGACGACGGGAACCGCACCAUGGCUGGCCACAACAUUGGGAAUGAGUCCACCCUUCUCCUUGUCCUCCUCCCGUGUAUUCCGAGAGGAGACAUGAUGCAGGUCUUCGUGAGGACGCUGGAUGGGAAGACCAUCACUCUUUGGGUUGGUAGCUUGGACACCGUCGGCAGUGUCAAGGUGAAGAUGUACGACAUGAAGUACGGCCCUUUCCCUAAACAGCAGCGCCUCAUCUUUCAAGGCAAGCAGCUGGAGGACGGCCGCACAUUGGCGGACUACAGCAUUCAUAGGGAGUGUACCCUUCAUUUGAUGCUCCGCCAGCAUUCAUAGGGAGUCUACACUUCAUUUGAUGCUCCGCCAGCAUUCAUAGGGAGUCUACACUUCAUUUGAUGCUCCGCUACCUGUUUGGUUGUUGAGAUGGAUUGCCUGAACAGCGAUUGAACAACCAGUUCUAUUUUGCUGCCGUCUUGCAGUAGCGGUGUGUCAUUUGUAGUACCACUAGUAUUGCUCCACUCUUGUA